AUGCGGCAACAUGCACGCGUAACCGCCGCCGACGCCGCCGCCACGGUGGCGGGCACGACGUCGGCAGGCACGUCGGCAGCAGCGUGGCGACCGCAUGCGCUGCUGCUGCUGCUGCUGCUCGCUCUGCUCUUCAUCGCUGUCGGUUCGUCUGGCGGCAACGAGUACCCGCGCGUCGAAACCCGCAACGGGCCUGUGCGCGGUCGCUACCUCUACCCGUCGCCGACCGUACGUCGGGUGGAAGCGUUCCUCGGCAUACGCUACGCCGACGCGCCGGUAGGUUCGCUGCGGUUCAUGCCGCCGCGAAACCCGAGCACGCGACACGACGACGUGUGGAAUGCGACCGUGUUCGCUCCCGCCUGUCCGCAAAAGGUACCGGACAUCCGCAAUGACCCGCUGACCCGGAUGACGCACGAUCGGCUGCGCUACCUGCGGCGGCUGCUGCCGCUGCUGACCAACCAGGACGAGGACUGCCUGUUCCUGAACGUCUACGUGCCGACAACAG